CUAUAUAAGUGUCUGUCAGUGCUGGUGUGUAGUGGGUUUGGUAGGAGUGGCUGCUUUGCAUGAAUCGUGGACUCCCCAAGUUAGUGGCUGCAGCAGCUCAGAUAUUUCCUGUCAGCCUCCACACACACACACACAGCCGAGCCGAGCUGAGGGCGGAGAGGAGAGACAAGAGGAGACGAGAGGAGAGAGAGGUGUGAUGGCAGAGAACAGCUCCGAGACGAGCAGCUCCGUUCACCGGAGAUGUUUAACCCAUUCCCCGCAGGAGAGAAACGCUUCAGCUGCAUCUAAAUGGAUCCGCCUAAACGUCGGUGGGACGUAUUUCUUAACAACCAGACAGACUCUGUGUCGAGACCCCAAAUCGUUUCUGUACAGACUGAGCCAAGCUGACCCGGAGCUCGACUCCGACAAGGAUGAAACUGGUGCCUAUCUCAUAGACAGAGACCCCACAUACUUUGGGCCAGUGCUGAACUACUUGAGGCAUGGCAAACUGGUGCUCAACAGGGACUUGGCGGAGGAAGGUGUGCUAGAAGAAGCCGAAUUCUACAACAUCACAUCAUUAAUAAAGCUCCUCAAGGACAAGAUCAGGGAACGCGACUGUAAAACAUCACAGGUUCCAGUGAAGCAUGUGUACCGGGUGCUGCAGUGCCAGGAGGAGGAGCUGACACAGAUGGUGUCGACCAUGUCUGACGGCUGGAAGUUUGAACAGCUUGUCAGUAUAGGUUACGGGCGGGCCCACCAGUCAGAGUUUCUGCUGAUUGUGUCAAGGGAGGUGAAGGGAGAGGAGUCUGCUUUGCCAAACAACAGCGGAGAGCUGGUCAGCAUAGGCUCCUCUUACAACUACGGAAACGAAGACCAAGCCGAGUUCCUGUGCGUAGUCUCCAAGGAGCUGCACAAUCAAUCAUACGGGACAAACAGUGAGCCCAGUGAGAAGGCUAAGAUCCUUCAGGAAAGGGGUUCCCGGAUGUGAAGCGGACUCAGUAUUAUGAGCUCCAGGUGUUAUGAUGCUAACAUAUCGUCUCUGUGGAAGAAGGUUUGGCACAAUGGAGAUUUAAAGGAGGGGUGUGCAUUUCUUUUGUUUUCCCUCCAUUUUUUUUUUUUUAUUUCUUGAUGUAAAUAAGUCUGUUUACUGACAAUUUGUGCCUGUACAUUUAAACUGGACCUUUUUUUUUUUUUUUUUUUUUUUUUUUAAAUUAGCGACACGUUUUUUUUUUUUUUCUAAUUGAGAGUAAGGAAUUACAAUCUACAAAUGUUUUAUGCUAUAAAAUAUGGCCAUCAUCAUAUAAGGCCAAUGAUUCUCUCAGGGUCAUCUAUUGAGUAUAUCCUCCAACUCAAGGGGUCUGGUAAGGGAUCAAUCAGUAUGGUCUUUUAUAACUACAAAGUAUCAAAAUCAUUGUUCAGAGAUGUCAAGAAGGGAAUUGUGCAUUUAUUUAGCGCACGUUUAAAGAGUUAGGCUAUUAAAUGUGAAAUUCACCCCCAAAAACAAAUCAAUAAAAUAUUUUCUUAAAGGUUUCAAACAGUUAUACUAAGAUUUGUGAUCAUGAGGAAACCAGAUAUACAACACACACAAUUUCAGAUGCAUUAGAAACAUUUUACUUUGAAUCGAAGAUUUUUUUUCUGUAUAUAUUCACGUUCAUAUUCUCAAACCAGGAUGGAAACUGUGUGAACAAAAAUGUCAGUGAUUUGAUAUUGUAGGUAAAAGGGCAUUAGGUAUAAAUUACCUACCACUUGCAGAGCCAUUUUCACAUAGACUAAAUAAGAUAACUUUAGAGAGAGCAGAAUAUCUGCCUGAUAUGGCAAUGUUGAGAUGCAAGAUGCUUCUUAAUUGUUCUUUAUUGCUUGAAUAGUAAAUGUUUUACCCGCAGACAGCCAGCGUAUGCUGCGGGAUUAAAUAAUUAUGUUUUCAGGAAGUCCACUUACCUGUAUUAUAAGGAUAACGUGUUUAACUACAUACUAAUUUAGCCACACGUUCAUUCAAAAUGUUGUUUCAAAGUAAGAUUUCUGCUGCUUCUGCAAACUUUUAGUAGUGUAAAGAACUAUACAUUGCUCUCUAAAUGUUUGUAAAGUGCAACUUUAUAUCAAGUUUAAUCUGCCAGAUAUUUUUCUUAACUCCUCAUGUUCAUAAGUCCAAAGUUAACUGCCAAAAUAGUCAAAGGUGUUUAAAAUGUGAAUUCUGCUUUACAGUGAUAUUAUUUUUUAAACAUCUGUUUCCUGUCAGGAAAAAUAUCCUUGAGGCAACAGCAUCUUUUUUUAAUUUUUUUUUUUUAUUUUCAACUGACUUGUGAGUUUUCCUUAACUAGUUUAUUUUGUAUGUUCGAGGGAAAAUCUUAAGAUCUUCUGAGGGGAAGUAUUUGUGGUGUGGGAGGUUUUGGGGGACUGGAACUGUUUGAAGGCAGCGGUGAAGGACUUUCUGUUCAUAUCCAGGAGGAUUUUUGUUUUGAUGUAAAUAAUCCAAAUUCAAUAUUAAUAUUUAACUCUUUAAAAAAACAAACUGCACGUUUUGUACACUGUAUAGAAAACACAACUUGGAAGUUGUUUAUACUGGAUCUUUAAAAAAAAAAACAAAAGAGAAAAUCUUGACAAUGUUGACUUCUGUUUUGCAUUGUCUUGUACAGAGACUCUAGAGAUUUCUGAUUGAAACAGCUGAUGCUGAACAUGGUGUCUUUUCACUGAGAACAUGCCUGGAACAUGUUUUGAUAACCAAUAACAAAGCUAUACUUGGCUGGCUAUGAAGUUGACUGUUACAUUUAAAAACAAAAACAAAUGUAUUUUUUCCUGCAUUGUGAUAGAUUCUUCUAAGCAUUUUGAAUUGUGUAGGUUUUCGUACACAGCAUUACAAGCACUACAGUGGGAAAAACAACACUGUGCACAUUGCUUACAAGCCUGUAAUGUUGUUAAUGUAAAUACUGCAUUUUAGAACACUUUUUUUAAUAGAAAGUUGUUUUCAGGUUUGAUGUGUGGUUUUGAUAGGUUGGAUAUUUCAUUCACAAAUAAUCAUUUUAGUGUUGCCUUUUUUUCCCCAAUGACCAAAAUCCAAUGUCUUAUGUGUACUGUACACAUUGAUCUUAGUGUCAGGGAUGAGUAAACGUUUCUUAAUGCUGGCACACUUUGUACAUAUAGACUUGUUAACGACACACAAACCUCCAUUUACUCACAUGUACACGUAUACACUUGACUAAAACAAUUUUUAUAUUGUCGGGGAAACAAAGUAUGGAUGCAUGUUUUUGAUAUAGAUAUACACACAAACACACACACAAGGGCUUUUAAAAAGUGCAAAAUUUGACAUCUGCAAAGAGGUUCAAUCAGAGUAGACUGGAUUUUCCUGCCAGAGCUAGGCUAUGUUUACAUUUGCUAUAGUAUUCUGAAGCCUUCCAAUUAUGUACUGUCUUGCACUCCCUCACACACGUUAACAUUUCGUCUGACUUGUGUGACUGCACCGAUGGCAACUAGCACUCCCGACUCCACACGAACUGAUACUCACACAGACGUGCUGACUGAUAAAGAUAAACUCCAUCCACUUCUGACAGCCUAUGCUUGAGCGUUGCAGACAAUCUUGCUUCCCACCCUCUCUGGUGGCUCCUUUUUUAAUAGGAUGAAACUUUUACCUGCGUUGGCUCCGAGCAAAAGGUUUAUUUGGGUCUUCUUUUGAGACGUUCUUUUUUUUCUGCGAUGAGAUUUAAAAGGUGUUUUUUGUGUUUGGUUUGCUUGGUUCUGUUGUAAUUUCAUUUGAUAUACUCUGGUCUGAGGUGUUUUAACCCCUCUACUUUAGCAGCUACAUUACCUUUUAAUGCCCUUCACAAACCGGUUGAGCGUUUGGCAUCGAUAAAAUCAUUUCACGUGAUGGACAAACUUAUCAAAUCUGUAGCCUAAUACUUAUAAGUGCCCAGUUUGUUUUUGCAUUCAAGUCAUAAGCCACAAACCCACUGUAAUGCAUGAUUGAAGAUGAUCACAGUUGUAAUCAGAGGGAAUGAAUGUGUCAUUUUUCCUCAAUCUAGCAAUUACAUUGAUGAAUAAGGUUCUCAUAUCACUACAUAGAUCACUAUUCUAUACGAUCUUAUGCAAUGUUAAACAUGUACAAACUAAGUAUGAGGUUAAGGGGAUAGAUCUAUAUGGUCUUGCAUAAAGUAAACCGAAUAAAAAUGUUGUCAUUCA